GCUGACUCUGGGCUCUUGGGGCUCGUUCAAUGGGCCAUCUGUACGCGACCACCGACGUGAACGGAGGAGAGACGCUGAUUGCCGUCCCGUUGGAGUCGUCCGUCUCCGUCAAGCCCGGCGAGAGCUGCCCCUUCCCCGACUUUGUGCCCAACGAUGUGUGGGUGGGCCUUCCCUGGUAUGCCCAGCUGGCGCUCAAGCUGCUGCACGAGCGCUCUCUGGGGCCCGCCUCGCGCUUCGCCGACUACCUGCCGGCGCUGCCCGCCUCCGCCGCUGCAGUGGACCUGCCCGCGACGUGGCCCACUCAGGCGGUACGGGCGCUGCAGUACCCCUACCUUGAGGAGCAGGUCCUGGAGGAGCAGCAGGAGUGGGGCCGCCUGGCCGCCACGCUGCGCCCGCACCUGGCCCGCCGCAGCCUGGGACCGGACGACUUGGCUUGGGCGCUAAGCUGCGUGCGCUCCCGCACCUUCGCCGGACCGCACUUCCCAACGCCGCCACCGCUCAAGCUGGCUGCCGGCGCGGCUGCCGCCGCCGCCGUGGCGGCGGCAGAAGCCGCACUCGGCCUGGGCGGCGGCGCGGCCGCGCUUGCGCCCGCAGCCCUGGUGGGGCUGGGACUGCCUGCGGCGUGGCAGGCGGCGGAGGCGAAGCAGGCGGCGUCGGGGGCCCCCGGGACAGUGCUGUACAGCGUGUGUCCCUUCAUCGACAUGUUCAACCAUGACAGCCGAGCGCAGAGCGAGUGCGUGUUUGCGCCGUGGAAGAACCAGUUCCGGAUCAUGGCGGGCGGCGCGGUGCGGCGCGGCGGGCAGCUGCUGAUCAGCUACGGCUCCCAGAGCAACGACGCGCUGCUGCAGCGGUACGGCUUCGUGCAGCUGGAGGGCAACCCGCACGACAGGUACGUGGUCCAGGACUUGGUUUCGGCGGUGGGGGCGCUGGCGGAGGCGGGCGGCGUGCCGGGAGUGCUGCCGGCGGCAUCACGUGAGGACGUGCGUGCGGCAGCACGCAGCAUCAGCGCGGCGCCAGGCUCGCUUGAACAGGUGCCGCUCACACAGGACGGCGUCAUCCCUACCGCGACCUCCCAGGCGCUCGCAUCCCUGCUUGCCGCACUGCGGGCUCGACUCCCGGACCAGCAACAGACCAGCCCGGCCGCGGCGUCGCCCAGCCGCCUGGUGGCUGCGGUGUGUGCGGCGCAGCUGCGGGCCGCGGCCACCAGCCUGCAGGAUGACGAGGCGGCGCUCGCCCAGCUGAGCGCCUGGGAAGCAUGGGAGGCGGGAGCGGAGGAGCGCGCGGCGCGAGCGGCAGCGCGUGCAGCCGCAGCGGAGGCAGCCGCGGCUGCGGCUGCGGCGGCUGCAGCGGAGGCGGCCGCGCUAGCGGCUGCGGGCAUCGGAGCCGCGGAGGCGGCGGCCGUUGCUGCUGCCGCAGCUGGGGUUGCCGCAAGCAGCGUUAGCAGCACCACGGAGUUGGCUGCGGGCUCGGCGCCUGGCGCGACGGGGUCGGCUGUGGACACAGCAGCCGGGCCGGAGCCCGAGGCGGAGCAGGAGGCGGAGCCGGUGUUGCCGCCUGCGGAACUGAGUCAGUUGGGGGGCGAGGCGGGUCGGCUGCGGGCGGUGCUGCAGUUCCGUGUGGCCAAGAAGCGGGUGCUGGCGGCGCUGAGCCGCUGAGGCAGGCCGAGGAGAGAGUGGGAGGUAGAAAGCGGGGGGAAAAUGCUGAGUGGUUGUCGUGUGACUCACAAGGUCAUGAGGCUGAGGAGUGAGGAGUGUGAGGAGUCUUGGCUGGCUGGCUGAACUCCUAUCUAGCCAGCUCAAGGGCUGCAUACGGGACACUCGACAACUACCGUAUGUCGUCGCGUGCUCUGUGUCGGAGCGCGUUUGUGCCUGCAUGCAAGGGAAGCGUGCUGCUGCUCGUGUUCAAGGACGGGGCUGCGAUGCUGGUUAGCUGAGCAGGGGCGCGUCCCUGAUGCUGCCCCCACCUGUAAUCCUGAAUACAAGUGAUCACGUAUGGAACGUGUGCAGGUUAGGACUGAUAGUGGCAUUGGGUUUAGGCGGACUGAAGCAGAGCUGGCGAGGUUGGCCGUGACGGUGUACGGCGUGUGACAUCGGGUCUGCGACUGGCGAUGUGGCUGUGUGCCCUCUCCAGGGCGCCUGAUGCUGCAUGCUGCCGCCUGCUGGCUGCUGCAACUUGGCCCUGUUGCCGCUGUCAGGGUCGUAACACUGCGCAGCUAUGCUUGCAUCUGACCGAGCGCAUGCAACCCGACCCCUUUACUUGAGACGGU